AUGAAAGAAUAUUCCGUCACAUGUUUGUCGGAGAAUAAAGAUGUGGGUUGGUCGACUAAGGAUUCUGAAGGGGCUUUAAGAGAGAUUAUCAUUAUGUGGAGGAUUGGGGUGGUGUCACCUUUGUUCAGUUUCAGAAUGGAAGGCUCCUUAGGUGUGUGCGCCCAAUUUAAAGGUCAGAUUUUCUACUUUGUUAAUGUAUAUUCUUCUCGUCUGUUAGAGAGGAAAAUAAUAUUAUGGUCAGAAUUGGAGAAGCUCAAAAAUAGUUUUGGUUUUGGUUGGUGGUCUGUGGGCGGGGACUUCAACACAAUAAGAGAGAAAGUGGAAAGAGUGGGGAGGAAUAUAAAGAUCAGAGCCAUAAAUAUGAAUGAAUUCCAUGAAUUCAAUGAAUUAAUUGAUUAUAUGGAGUUGGUUGACAUACCUUCUAUAGAAAACGUAUUCACAUGGUCAAAUAAGAAGGGUAGCGCGAGGAGAAGUUUAGAUAGGUUUCUGUUAUCUGAAUCCUUCACCGGUUGUUGGAAGAUCAUUGGCCAGACCGUGGGUGAUAAAGACAUAUCAGAUCACUCACCAAUAUGGAUAAAAGCUAACGAUAUGGAUUGGGAACCAAAGCCCUUUAGGGUGAAUAGUUGUUGGUUUGAAAAUAAAGAUUUUAAAGUUUUUGUCGAGGAUAUUUGGAGGUCUUCGGUGAUGGAAGGCAAGCAGGCGUACAUUAUGAAAGAAAAAUUCAAAAUUUUGAGGAACAAGAUGAGAGUGUGGAACAAAGAGUGUUUUGGCUGGUUAGAUCUCAAAAUGGAGGAGGCGGUUUGA